AUGACACUCGUUAUAUUGGAUGAGCCCACUGUUGGGGUGGACUCUCUGCUCAGGCAUAAGAUAUGGAAAUACAUGGAGGAUAUGUGCGAGAAAUACGGCCAAACAGUGAUAAUAACAACACAUUAUAUAGAGGAGGCCCGGAGUGCGCAUAACGUGGCGUUUAUGAGAUCCGGUGCUGUAUUGAGACAAUCAAAUCCCCAACAAUUGAUGGAUGACUACCAGUGCCCGACACUGGAGGACGUGUUCCUACAGUUGUGUCACUCAAACGAAAACACCGUUACUUUGAGACAUGAUUUGAAAUCCAAAGACAAUACAGAAAUUGAUUUUACCAAUAAUAUUUUGACUGAAAGUGAGACAAAAAUUCACUACAAAAACAAUGCUAUCAUUGAUUGGCAACGAAUGAAAGCAAUGCUAAUAAAGCAAUGGAUUGCUAUUAAAAGGCGGCCGCUAUUCAUGUGUGCCUAUUAUGCCCUAACUAUUACAACUAUGACAUCGUUUCACUUAAUAUUUGGCCAGGAGGUUAAGCACAUACCGGUUGGCGUAUAUAAUAGCGAUCUAAUUGAUGAUAAUCAAACAUCAUUAUCACGUUUAUUUAUUAAUUCAAUAAAUCCCCAAAACAUGCGUAUAUCUCAUUACCCAUCGCUUGAUAGCGCCGUUAAAUCGGUUAAAAAUGGUGACAAUUAUUUGGCGCUUGAAUUUCGGGACAACUUCUCCGACAGUUUUGAGACACGAGUGACGGAUAUGUUUGACGCCAGCGAUGAUGUCGUCGAACAAAGCCUUAUACAUCUAUAUGUAGUCAUUUCAAGAUCCCUUACAACACACCCACACGCGUACGCCAUGAUGGUUAGAUACCUAUUUGAAGCAUUUACUAUAUUCACGGAUAAAUUGGUCCAAAUUUUAAACAAUACAAAUAUCUACGACCAGAUGAACGCAAUUAGGGUUAUCGAGUUUAAUUUGGGUUUGAUUCUAUCGGCAUUCAUCAUGAUAAGUGACAAAUCGUCAAACAUAAUGAACCGGGUGUUCGCGGCCGGUGUUACUAAGUACGAGUAUAUGGUCGCCCAUAUAUUUAUCAACGGUAUCAUUAAUUUAGUUCAAGUCAUAAGUGCAAUGAUUGUUUUAUUUGUCGUUUUUUCGGUUCAACAAUCGGGAAGUUAUUGGGAAAUAUUCUUGUUUUUAUUUAUGGAAAUUACGGUGGGCACUUUUAUCGGUCUAUUACUCGCUGUCAUUUUGGGCAAUCCCAUUUCCGUUAUGUUAAGCAAAACAUUUAUACAACGACUCAAAGAGUUCUUCAAAAAGAAGGGAUGCCAGGGAUGGCACAGGGGUUCAGAAAUUAUCCCAAUAGGUAAAAUAUUUGCAAUGUUAGGCCCAAACGGAACCGGAAAAACCACAUUAAUGCGUGUAAUAUUAGGUGAAUUAAGAUUAACAUCAGGCACAAUUGAUGUUUUUGAGAAAAAACCUGGUUCUGUGGGUUUGGAUAUUCCCGGACCAGGUGUCGGGUAUAUGCCUCAGGAAUUGGCGUUAUUUGAUUAUUUCACAAUCGGAGAAAUACUUAAUUAUUACGGAAUGAUAUAUCAUAUGAAACGCGAGGAAAUUGAUGAAAAUGUUUGUAAUUUAAAAGAAUUAUUGCAUUUACCGGAAAAUUCCCGAAUAAUUAGUCAAUUAAGUGGUGGACAACAGCGCCGGGUGUCGAUCGCCAUAACAAUGUUACACAAACCCAAACUCGUUAUAUUGGAUGAGCCCACUGUUGGAGUGGACUCUCUGCUCAGGCAUAGGAUAUGGCAAUACUUGGAGGAUAUGUGCGACAAAUACGGCCAAACAGUGAUAAUAACAACACAUUAUAUAGAAGAGGCCCGGAGUGCGCAUAACGUGGCGUUUAUGAGAUCCGGCGCUGUAUUGAGACAAUCAAAUCCCCAACAAUUGAUGAAUGAAUACGAGUGCCCGACACUGGAGGACGUGUUCCUACAGUUGUGUCACUUAACUGAUAACAGAGUUGCUUUAAGUCAAGAUCUGAAAUCCAAAGACAAUACAGACAUUGAUUUAAACAAUAAUAUUUUGACAACAAGUGAGACAAAAAUUCACUGCAAAAACAAUGCGUUCAUUGAUUGGCAACGAAUGAAAGCACUGUUAAUAAAGCAAUGGAUUGCUAUUAAAAGACGGCCGCUAUUCAUGUGUGCCUAUUAUGCUAUAACUAUUAUAACAAUGACAUCGUUGCACUUGAUAUUUGGCCAGGAGGUUAAACACAUACCGGUUGGCCGCCGUUCAGUCGGUAACAAAAGUGACAAUUAUUUGGCGCUUGAGUUUCGAGACAACUUUUCCGACAGUUUUGAGACACGAGUGACGGAUAUGUUUGACGCCAGCGAUGAUGUCGUUGAGCAAAGCCUUAUACAUCUAUAUGUAGUCAUUUCAAUUAAAGCAACACACCCACACGCGUUUGCCAUGAUGGUUAGAUACCUAUUGGAAGCAUUUACUAUAUUCACUGAAAAAUUGGGUCUAAUUGUAAACAAUACAAAUAUUUACAACCAAAUGAACGCAAUUAGGGUUAUUGAGGUAUAUCACGGCGAGUUGAGCAAAAUUAUGUCCACAUUUAUGUUUGUUGGACCGCAAAUCUUGCUAUUUGUCGAGUUUAGUUUGGGUUUGAUUCUAUCGGCAUUCAUCAUGAUAACUGACAAAUCGUUAAAUAUAAUGAACCGGAUGUUUGCUGCCGGUGUCACUGAGUACGAGUAUAUGGGCGCCCAUAUAAUCAUCAAUGUUUGCAUAAUGACAAUUAUAUUUCCCCUGCUAUUAAUAUCUGGUAUCAUUUGGCCACUUGAGGCCAUUCCCCAUAUGUUUCAAUUUAUAAUCUAUAUAAAUCCGGUGGCAUUUCCCAUACAAUACUUCCGUAAUAUAAUGGCACGAGGUUGGACAUAUCAACACCCAGAUGUUUACCAUGUUUGUAAACAACAUCCAUAA